UGCAGCCACAGAACCAAGAUCAAGGCACGGGUGGCUGGGUGGCUGGCUGCCUGUCUGUCACUUUCCUCGUGUGCUGCCCUUCUCCAGCUGCCCCUAUGUACUCCCUUUAGCAAAAGAGGGGAGCACAAAUGGCAGAGAGCAAGAAUGGGGGGGAGGAGUGCCCAGAAUCUCCCACCACAACAGAAACUUCCAGCAAUUCAGAUGCAACAGACACAGAACGGGAAUGGGCACAGGCAGCACAGACACAGUUCACUAAGGGAAACUAUGUGGCUGCCCUCACACUACUCUCUUACCUCCACGGCACUAGACCAAAGGAUCCAAAGGUCCUGAUGAACAAGGCUGUUGUAGAAUACUAUAAGAGUGACCUGAAGAAAACAGAAUCAUUUCGUAAACAACUGGCGGACAUCUGUACACAAUGUGGGAUCAAAAUAGAUGCAGUAGGUACAGGGGAUGAGGUGGAACGGAGUGUGAUCCGCUUCAAUCAUUGUGUGGUGUUGUAUCACCUCCAUCAGUACUGUGCUGCCCUUGCCCUCCUGGAGAAGAUGUACACUGGCCUGGAGUCUUUGGAGGAGAGUGUUGGUAUAGGUGUGUGUCUGCUGAUGGCUGAGUGUCACCUGGGAACAUAUCAUCCAGAGCGAGCCCUUACCAUCAUUACCCACACGGAGACCACCUUCUUGCCUCAGCCAUUGCCUCAUACACCUUCACAUAAGCAACCUCCACCACAGGAAAAGGAAAACAAAUCUCCAGAAAAAAUUAGUGUAUCUGGUGGGACUGGAAGUAGCAGUAGUAGCAGCAGUAGUAGCAGUAGUAGUAGCAGCAGCAGCAGUACCACAAGCACAGCAACCGAUGAAAUUCGAUGUAGUGCCACUCAGGAACAAUUACGGGGGAAGCUUCAGCAGCUGCGUGUGCGGGCAUUGCUCAUGAUGAGAGCUUUGAGGGUGGCCAAGAAGGAACUCAAAACAAUAGUAACCCAUGCAGUCACUGCUGGCAACUCUUUGAAUGUGACCCUCAUAAGUCUGAAGAGUCAGCUUGAAUACUUGAAAGGCAACUUUCGGAAAGCUAUCAAAGUUCUUAAUCAGUGUGCAGCAAUACCUCCUCCUAGUCCGUCAUAUGGCCCUAGUCUUGGUGUCAUGUACUAUAACAACCUGGGAGUUAUUCACCUGGGCAUGGGUAAGCCAACAGUAGCCUGCCUUUACUUGCAGAAGGCUCUCCAAGAAACUCAGAAUGGAGAAGAAUCAAAUUCAUCAGCACACUCAGAGGUGUUGUCACACCAACCACUGUAUCAGUUGAGCAGCAAUGUGCAGCCUGAGCUUUACUACAACCUAGGUGUGACAUUGUUGCACAUGAACAAACCUGACAAGGCCUUUGACUUCUUACUAGAGGUGCUGCAGGUGCAUCCUAUGAACCCACGGUUGUGGCUGCGGCUUGCUGAAUGCUGCAUCACCGUACACAAGCUGGGCUUGAAGGAAGACCAAAGCUCCAAGAGGUCCAUUAUUCAGGGGACAGUUGGUGUUGGGAUGCAUCGCAAGAUCUGCCUCACUACACGCAUCACCGACCAUAACAAGAAAAAGAGCGAAAUGGAUUCCGAGUCAGAUGCAGCCUUUCCAGAGCCCACGCUAGAGUUUGCGCGUCUGUGCCUCCGCAAUGCCCUUACCAUCCUUCCUGAGAAUGUCUCCACCACCUCCCUUACAGAUGAGCAGGAAGUCUCAGGAGUGAUGCCAGAGCUCUAUCCUGCUGGGCCCUCCUCUCCUCUGCGUGGUGCUGAGGUAGUGAGCCUGAGAGUGUCAGCAUUGGCCUGCAGUGCCUAUGUGGGUCUCUGCCUGUCAGACUUCUCUGCAGCCCUCCGCCAUGCAGAACUCCUGCUGGUUGCUCAUCCCAAAAUACCAGAUGUGUAUAAACUGCUGGGCCAUCUCUAUGCUGGGGAAGCCCUCAUCUCCCUGGGGAAGGUAACUGAGGCUAUACAACACCUGGAUCCCAGGGUAGUAGGGGAGGUCUCCCUCUCACCACCAGCUCAAGAAGCCUCCAACUCAUUCCCAGCUUUCACUCCUUCCCAAGGGUGGCUCAACACGACUGCCACCACUGCCAUGCAGGUGAUGCGGUAUAACUUGAGUGUAGCAUAUGCCCUGCGUGGUGAGUGGGAGAAGGCAAAUAACCUGCUGAAGGAGGUAUGGACUGAAAGCAAUGGAAAUAUGCCAGCACAGGUCAUCAUGCUGGCCAUGUAUAUCAAUCUGCAGAUGGGUCAUGUUGAUAUUAUGAAGAACAUUGUUAAGAAUAACAUAUUAUUAACAUGAGAAUGGUUGCUGACUUUGUUGCUCACAAUGUAUCUAGGGGAAAUUCCUAUUAAUAUAAUGUAUAAACUUAUUCCUAUUAGAGUAAGUGCAGACAUGUCUUAAUUUAUGGAGAGUCUGUAUUGCAAAAUGCGUUUAGCAAUUUAAAUUUUUGUGAUGUUAAAGAUGUUUUCUUAGAAAUUGUCAGCAAUAUAUUAUGGGCUUGUGUACUGUGACUGCAUAUAUUGUAUGAUAGGAUGAUCCUGACUCUAUCUGUAACUAGUGACAGCAACUACACUUGUAGCAUGUAAGUGUGAGCAUCCACAAGCAGCAUUGGACUGGCAUGUGCAAGAUAAUAUUAUGAUUAUUCAUGGAAAUGGGUAAUUGUUGCAGUUAGAUUGAGUUGCUUAAGCAGCAUGUUCAAUAGUCUCUCUCUCUCUCUCUCUCUCUCUCUCUCUCUCUCUCUCUCUCUCUCUCUCUCUCUCUCUCUCUCUCUCUCUCUCUCUCUCUCUCUCUCUCUCUCUCUCUCUCAUGAAGAUAAUGGAGAUAUAAUUUAAAAUGCUUGAAAAAUGGAAUAGAGUAGUAAAGAAUAUGAAAUCAUGUAAACUAAUGAGAGAGAAAAUUAAGGGAGUGCCUUUUAAGAUAGGAAACUUCAACCUAUAUUCUUUGACAAGUAAGGGUAUUGUAUAGAUGAGAUGGCUGUUCACUUUCCCUUUCUCCAUUCUCUACUCAGCCAUUUGAAGAGCUGGGAGUGGCAGGCAUUGAAUUUAGGUUUGGUUGCACCAGUUUGAGCUUAGCUAUGGAAUUAUAGAAGAGUAUCCAAUGAACAAUAACUGAACUUUGACCAUAUUAGUGUUUGAGGCUGUAUAUGUAAUGCUUUAUUUUAUGAAAUAAUGAGGAUUUUGAUGCAAAGGAUAGCCUUGAGAGAGGGAAUGGUUAAGGAUCAAACCACCUGACUUUCAACAUACAUUGUCUCAACUCAUUACCUGUCUGCUGUAAAUAAUUGCCAUGGCUCAAGUGGAUACUAAUUGUGUCAAAACGAGAUGUGAUACAAUUCUAGUAACAAAUGGAGAGAACAUAAAAUAGGAGGCUACAGUAUAUUAUAUAAGCUACCUCUUUACUAAUUAGGGAAGAAAAUAAUACAGGGAUUUCUCAAAUUAUGCAAGGGAUUUAUUCCUGAAGGGAUCGAGUAAUGUAAAAGAAUCGCAUAAAGUAACAUGAUUACUGAACUAGUACAUACCAAGUCUGGAGGAUUGCAUUCAACUGACCUUAAGUCGAAGGAUAUGAGUUGUGGGAUAUCAAACAAACUUUUAAAGAAGUUAUGUUUUAUCAUUGCUUACUUGUACAUGUUUAUAUUAAACGUUACAGUUAUGUAGCUUUGUAUUGCAUGUUGGAUGCAUCUGUGUCUGUGCCUGUGUCUGAUUCCAUGACUGGUUUGGGUUUGUCUGCUUGAUAUAAUACAGUUAUGGAUUUUUUUUUUUUUUUUUUUUUUUUUUUUUUGCUUUUCCUUUGGGAACACUUCAUAGCAGGCCAUUUUGCUCAUCACUUCUCUGGUAAACUUCAUUGCUUUUCUUCACAUUUGGAUAAUUUUCUAAGUUCAUACUUUGGGACAAGUUUGUGUCUGUCAUGGUUUGCCAAGUUUGUUCUGAUGCUGCUGCUGCUGCCUCAUCCAUGAACUGCUCUCUCUCUCUCUCUCUCUCUCUCUCUCUCUCUCUCUCUCUCUCUCUCUCUCUCUCUCUCUC